UACAACCUCCUUCGGCCACGAUAAAAAAGAUUUUUUGAAAAAAUGAUUUCAUCAUUUGCCACAAUUUUCUUUGGAUUUUUGGUUUUUGUGUACUUCUUUUUGAACAGAAAACUCAACUAUUGGAAAAUAAGAAACGUUCCAUACAUUGAGCCGAAAUUUUUGUAUGGAAAUGCCCGUGGUAUUGUGAAAGACUAUCAUCCGGGCGAAUUUUGGCGAACGAUGUGUCGAAUGUUAAAGCCUAAAGGUCCAAUUGGUGGAGCAUACAUGUUCAUACAACCCUUCGCUGUCAUUACAGACCUGGACUUAAUGAAAGAAAUCAUGAUAAAGGAUUUCAAUUUUUUCACGAAUCGUGUUGGCUAUUUCAACGAAAAGGAUGAUCCGAUAUCAGCUCAUAUUAUUAACUUGGAGGGCGAAUCGUGGAAAGAUAUGAGGAAAAAAAUAUCGCCAACGUUUGCUGGCAGCAAAUUGAAAAUGAUGUUCAGUGAGCUUAUUGAAAUUUCUAUGAAAUUAGUAGCUCUGAUAGAUAAGGAUACAUUCAGUAAAAAGCCCAUUGAUGUGGGAGAUCUUCUACCACGAUUUGUAACUGAUAUCCUCGGGUUGACGGAGUUCGGCAUUUACUGUAAUUCGAUGGAAGACAGACAUUCAAAGUUUUACGAAAUGGCAUUGAAGGACUUUGCUUCAUUUAGCUUUCUCAGAAGAAUGUUGCUCUGGACAUUUCGUGAUCUGGGCAGAAGACUGCAUUUUGUAACAACAGACAAGGAGAUUGGUAAUUUUUAUUCCGACGUUAUAGGUAAAUUGCUGCAACAUCGCAAAGAUAAUCCGCAAUUGAAACGACAAGAUUUGGUUAGUGUAUUGACCAAAUUGAAAGAUUCAAAUACACUAAGUUUCCAGCAAAUAGCGGCCCAAGCAUAUGUUUUCUCUGUGGCAGGUAUUGAAACGACUGCUGCAGCAAUAACUUUUUGCAUGUUUGAACUAUCGAUCAACGACGAUAUUCGAAAAAAAGCUCGCCAAUCAAUUUAUGAAUGCCUGAAGAAGCACGAUGGCUGUUUAACUUACGAGGCUCUGAAUGAAAUGCAUUACCUACAACAGUGCAUUCACGAGGCGAUUCGAAAAUAUCCGCCAGUUCCCACAAUAACAAGAGUGGCCAACGCUGAUUAUAAAAUCGCAAACACAAACAUUACCAUUGAAAAAGGAACGUCCAUGGUUUGUUCAAUUUAUUCGAUUCAUACCGACCCUGAGAUAUAUCCCGAUCCGGACAAAUACGAUCCAGACCGAUUCUUACCGGAAGAAAUAGAAAAACGGCAUCCGCUCAGUUUUAUUCCGUUCGGUAACGGGCCGAGGGGUUGCAUGGCGCCGAGAUAUGCCAAUUUGUUGAUAAAAAUUGCACUAGUGAAAAUUUUGACUAAUUUCGAUUUUAAAUUAGAUCACGAAAAAACGAUGAUUCCGCUGAAAAUGGCACCGAAAAAAUUGGUUUUCUGGCCGAAUAACGAAAUUUUUAUUAAUUUUACUAAAAUUUAGCAAAGUUAACUAAAAUCCUAUUAUUUGACAUGUUGUUAAAUUUUGAGCUUU